AUGGGAAAAGAAAAGCUGUCUGAUGCAGGUCAUGCCGAGAAGCGAAAAUUUUCAACAGUUGAUGAUGUGGAUAUUCACUCUGAACGCAAACAUCAAAGAAGGGGGUCCACUCUUCCGCCCAGAAUCACUCGGUCCCGAGCCCUAGCUGAAACGCCUGCCGUACCUGUCCCAUCCGGCUCCAAAUCAAAAGGGUCCAGCAAGGUCUACAAGCCAAAGCUUCUCUCACCCGAUUUAUUCGCUGAUUGGAAGACCCAUGUCAAACGCGACUUCAUCCUCGAAAAGUCUAUCAAUGAAGAAGAUUUGACUGCCAAGUGCAAUAUUAUCCCACUGUUGCGUGAUCAAAAUUUACUUGCAUCUCUACGGCAUGUUGGUCCCUACUCCGCAUGGUCGACAGCCGAGUUCUACACCAAUUUGACCUUGGACACAUUCACUGAAGGUUCUGCGCGGUUUCAUCAAGUUUUCAUUCGUGGCACAUGGUAUCCCUUUGGGCCUACAAAGAUUAAUGCUUAUUUGGGCACGCCGAAUCACCCUGCUUCUCUGGAUCCUAGCCCACACUUGUUGGCUGCUGCACUCAUUCAUAAUAAAGACGUCUCAUGGCCAAGUGACAGACUCGCAAGCUUGAAAUUCACCACUGUCUAUUCAGUGCUUCUUCGCCUUGCGUCAGCUAAUUGGGUCCCGGCUGUGCGUCGUCAUCAAGUUUCGGAACAUCUUGCUGGCCUCCUCUACAAAAUCCGGAACCGUCUUCCGUUCAACCUGGGAAUGAUCAUUUUCUCUCACUUAAUCUCUUUUUUGCAGAAGAAAAAAGCAAAGGCCCACCUCCCAUAUCCGAGUUUGAUUUUUGGGGUGCUUCAAGAACAUGGUUUUAAGCCCUAUAAGGAAGAAGUGAUUACAACUCCUGACAAUGCUUAUAUCUUUGAUGAUCGCCUUACACAGAGGGGCCAUUAUGAUGAUCGGGCUUCUCUGGAUCAACUUCCUGCUAUUCCGCCUCCAGCUCCACUGGUUUCUGCGCUAGCCUCAUCCGCUGACACGGCGUCAGCCUCUCGUCCAGGCUCAAGACUGGUUCCCAAAGAGCCUCCAACGUUGGUUGAUCGUAAACAAAUUGUGCUCACUCUUGAGGCCUCAAUUGCACAGGUUCGACAAUCCGUUGCUUCUCAACAAGCCACCAUCUCCGGCCUUGAAAACCUUCGUGAUGCACAGCUCAAAGAGGUUGCUCGCAUGGAAGCCAUUCACGCUCAAAUUCUGGCUGACGCUGGGGUUGCUUCCUCUGGUUCUGACUCUGAAGAUGACGAUGAUGAUUCUGACUCCGGCACCCCGUCUGCACGGUAA